AAAAGUGCAAAGAGCAACUCCCUGGACAUAUAUGAUUGGGCCGGCCCGUUUAUCUAUGGGCUAAUAGGGCGCGUUAUAAUGCAGAGAAAAACGCAGCAGCGGUCACCGUGUGCAGAGUAGAGAGGGCAUCACCGUCGACGACGCAACGAAAACAAUGUCGUCCCUGAGAAACGCCAUUCCCAGACGCGCUCACAAAGAGCGUGCUCAACCGUCGUCGAGGAAAAAAUUUGGUUUACUCGAAAAGCACAAAGACUAUGUCCAGCGUGCAAGAGCAUUCCACAAGAAAGAGGACGCUUUACGGAAACUUAGGGAAAAAGCAGCAAAUAGAAACGAAGAUGAGUUUUACUUCAAAAUGGUCAGAACAAGAACUGUUAAUGGAAUCCAUAGACCAGAGAGUGAAGCAAACAAGUACAAUCAAGAAGAACUUAUACUGAUGAAGACCCAGGAUAUAGGAUAUGUUCUUCAGAAAGUUCAGAGUGAGAGAAAGAAAAUUGAAAGGCUAACUGCCACGCUGCACUCUCUUGAUAAUCAGCCAUCCAACAAGCGUGUUUUCUUUGCGGAGGACAGGGAAGAGGCUAAAGAAUUACAAUCACAAUAUCCAAAAAGUGAAAUUCCACUUACCUCUGAUGAUAUUCCUGCUAGCAUUAAGAGGAAAACAGCUCGGUCUUACCAACAGUUGGAAGCAAGGAGGAGCAGACUCAACCAGCUAGAGAAAAUCUACAUGGAUAUGGCAAUGCAGAAGGAAUUGCAGAAAAAGGGUAAGAAGCGCAAAUUACAUGAAGAUGAGAUUGUCUGUCAAACCACUAAACCAGUAUACAAGUGGCGUGCUGAAAGAAAGCGCUGAAAAAGUUAAUUAUACUUUGAGCUGCUGCUUACUUCAUUUUGCCUUUUACUAUUUAGCAUAACGAUCAAUACUUCUGGGUUGGGACUGGAGCUGGAGAAUUUAUGUCUUACAUGAAGCACCAACAUAUCUGAUCGAAUGUCUUACUUGAAGCAAAAUUGAAUGGGAUCACUCCUGAUGCCAAUUACCAUGACUUUCCUCGAUGAUGUAACCAUUUUCUUUACUCUGUCGAGUUUCCUUCCCUGUACCUUAGAUGUUCUGCUACUGGAUUGUGUAAGUCUUCUUACAAGUACACUCAACUUUUAAGUUUGUUUAUUUGUAUCGUCUUACUUUGUGAGUAUACUAUAAAGGUACACUAGUUCCGUCUUGCUGCAUGCAUGACUCUCGACAACUUUUGAUAAUUAGAUUUUGCUAGCUUCCCUAUUGGGGAUUCCUACACUCAAUUUUUAAGUUUGUUUAUUUGUAUUGUCUAACUUUGUGAGUAUACUGUAAUGGUUAACUAGUUCCGUCUUGCUACAUGCAUGACUCCACGAUUUUUGCUAAUUAGAUUUUGCUAGCUUCCCUAUUGGGGUCCCCCCCCCCCCCCCAUAUUUAACCCAAUAAAACAAGAAAGUAAACAAGCUAACUGUUGUCAAAUCAGUUUUCACGAGGAAAACGUUCUUCGCCAACGGGUGUUAAAAACCUGUUCCAAUCCAACAGUUCAUUUUAGCAUGAAGUAAUUGGUCUGGACUGUCAUGCAUAUGUCUUGCUAGCUCUUCCCACUGAGCUAUCAUGCAUAUGUUUGGACGUUGCUUCUAAAUUUCAGACUAUGUUACAUUUUGGGUUAGUUUGGCAAGGUCCAGGGCCAUCAAAGUUUGGAGAGGAGACACGUGUGACUACAACUUAGUACAUUCAAAGAUCAUUAAGCUCAAAAUAAAGGAGAGGACUUUCGUAAAAGAAUGCUAUUGAUAAUGAAUGAAUGAGAUGCGGAUAUAGGUGGGAAUGAUAAGUAUUUAUACAAGGGAGAGCUGUUGGCGAGAAACAAGAGGCCAUAGGAGUUGUUUAUCAACCCAGCCAAGUUGAAUAGAAUUUAUCCACUUGUGCAGAGUUCAGAAAAUAUAGGAUGAAAAAUUUUGUAAGUGUAUAAGGUAUAAAAUGACAAAUGUUUUAUGUUUUGAGUAGGUUGGGAUGAGUAAUGCUGAUGAUAGUAGAUUAUUUGACUUGCCCUGCACCUUUAAGGGAAAGAUGAACUCACCUUCACCUUAAAACGAAAAGAAACCUUGAUAUAAUGUGAUAAUGUGGAGCAACCCUGGCUAUAUUUUGGGUUACCAUAGAAAUGUAUGAAAUUAAAAUGUAAAAAUUAAAAGGCUAUGUAAUAAAUAUAGAAUAUUAUGGAUGAAUUUCUUAAAAUCACAGGAUGGAUGUUUGCUUUAGAGUUUUGCUAGGGAUAGUUGGGGAUUAAUCCCUAAAUGAUUAAGAGAUUAUAUAUUAUAUGGGCAUAAAUAUACUAUCAGUUGUGGUAUGUGAUAAAUGGUGAUAUGUGCAUGAGAAUAUCGAUAAUGGACAAUUCACCGAGCAGGAGGCUCUUUGAUCAACCCAUUGGGAAUUGUCUAACUGGAAGAUGGUGGUAUCUCUAGUACAUAAAUGACAACCCCUAGAGUGAAAGUCUCAUGAGAUCCCCAUCUAAGUUGCAAUAUAUUGAUAACAUGAAGAAUUUGGAAAAAAAGAAGAGGAUACAUUAAUAUGAUGUUAUACAUGUGUGAAAUGAGAAAAGAUCAUAUGGAUCUAGUGAAAUGAUUAUGUUGGAUUUGAGGAAAAUGUGACAUUUUCUAGACAAAUGCUUUAUGUCAGACAUUCCCUGUAGAAACCUAGAUAUGCUUGUCAUGUGUACACAUAAUUGAAUGAUGUGAAAUAUGUGGAAAGGAAUAAGUAUGAAUAACUAUCUAACUAAAACUUUGGGGGUAUGUCUCCUGCUCUAAGGUUGUGUUUGGUUAGAGAAUUUGACAUCAAGAAGGAGGGAUGAUUAAAAUGUAAAUUAAGUAUGAGAAGAAUUACCAAUGGUAAUUAAUUAUACAUAACAGAAGACAUUUUAAUUUUUUUUAAACAUGUCAUUUAAAAUUUCUUAUACUUGACUUUAAAAAAAAAUAAUCGAAAUUUUAAAGUAUUUCAAAAAUACUUUUUUUACCAUCCAAAUAUAUAUGCAAUAUAGGAAUUUAGAAUUCUUUUGUCCAAAUACAACAUUAGGAUUUGAAAAUCUUCCAAGAACUUGAUUUUAUUGUGUAUUUUUUUAAUUUUAAAUUCCUUAUCGUAAGUUACUUCCUAAUUGAGUUUCAAAAACUCAUUCCUUAAUUAUUAUGACAUUUUAGGUAAUGACCAAGACUAACUUUCUGUGACUUCACUGGUUUUCUAGAAGACCUUUUAAGUGCUAUUGAUGAGUUUCUUUUUUUUUUUGGGGGGGCGGGGGGGUGUAUUUUGAAUUUUUUUUGUAUUUGAGACUGUUAAUUAUUAUUUUUUAAAUGAGACCAACUUUGGCUGAUGUUAUGUUUAGUAUAAAAUGGAUUUAUAAAGAAGAAAUCCGGUAAUAUAUUCAAACCGUUGAUAAUAUUGAAAGUCUUCAAACAUAACAUAAGAAUGGUAAACAUUCACCUGCAUAAACAACAAUAUAUAUUGUAUUAUUAUUCUCUUUUUUUUUUUAAAGCCUACAUUAUUUUCUCUUACAAUUUAUUAUAAGAAAACCGUUUCCUUGUAUCUUUCGAAGUGCUCAUGUAACAAACACUCCGCAAACAUAAAUACGCGGGUUCACGCUGGGCUUUCCUUGAUUUCCGCCGUUUUCUCCUUAUCUUCUGCAACUUCCUUUCCUUGUUCAUUCACAUCACCGAUAACUGGAAUUGGGUACACCUCACACGUUCCCAACGUGUUCACCACAACAAUGUCUCUCAUUGGCUCUAGUUCUUUCUCCUCUUUUGUAACUACGGCUUUAUUUUUAUUUCCACUAUUCUUGUAAAUGCCGUAUAGCAGCAUCUGAAGUAAUCCCAUUAUGAAACCCAACACAUUUGGAAUCUGCACAUAUAUAAGACCCAACAAAUUAAAAAAUGAAAAACCCUUAAAUGAAAUUGCUUUAAUGUUAAACUUCAUUAAGUAUUUUAUAUUUAUAUAUAUACUUACAGCAAUGCAUAUGUCCUUGAGUAUGAAACCAUAGGCAAACCACGUUAUGGCACUCAGCGUGAGGGCAAGUGACAAAUAAAAGGGCAUAAACUCCACACUCUUUGUUCUAAUAACCUGUGCCUGCAUGCAGAUAAAAAAAAUUAACCAUUGAAUAAGAGGAGGGAAUUACGGGAGUGCAAGCACUGAAAAAGCACUCAAUAUGUAAUUAAAAUUUUCACUCACCACAAUGCUUAGAGGUGCUGCAAACACACUUACUGCAAUAGAUACACAAAUCCAUCCAAGGACUUGGACGCGGAGGGAACCUUGCAUAGCAAAGUAGGUGAUGAGGAAGAUCGAGGCGAAAGACCCGACGUUCAUCACCAUAAAUAGUUUAACGGUUAUUCUCUGCAUGCAGUUAAAAAUCAGUAAUUUUGAUGAGUGUUAGUGAAUUUGUAACAUAAUUAGUGUUAUCAAUUUGAUUAGACGAUUUAAGAAUGAAUUUCAAGUAUUUAAUUAGAUAGGUAGUUAAUGAAAGUACCCUGGCAUCCCUGGUUGCAUAGAUUAUGUAGAUGGCAAUGUAAAUAAUCUCAAUGACACAUCCGAAUGAGUUAAUGGUAAUGAGAAGGGUAGAAUCAGCUGGCUUGAGUAAUGCAUAGUAUAGCCAAAGCAUGGAACUGAAUAAUGCGACCAGGUAAGGCAGUGAUUGGAAACCUUCCGUCGAUUUCCUUUUGCAUAUUCGGUAAAAAGUUGGCCUAUAAAUUAAGAAAAGGAAAAAACAUAUAUUUAAUAUUUACGAUAUAAGGAAAACAUAUAUUUGUGUUGAUAAGUACUUACAGGGGUGCCAUGUACACCAGGAAGGAAAUGACGUUACCUAAGCAUCAAAUGGAGAAUAUGUUAAGUUCUUGGCUUUAGCGGGAAAUAAUAAAGAGGUUAAUUAAAAUGGGUAUAGUAAAUUAACUAAACUACCAGUUAAAACAUAGUGCUUGAGAGAAAAAGUGCAGAGCAAUUAGAGUUUAUCAUAUCUUGGCGAUUAAAAGAGUAAACGAUCAUGUUCUAUUGCUACAUAGUCUCAGAGGGAAAGAAAAAUGAUAAGUUAACAUCUAACUUUUGAAUGUUAAAUAGGCGGAGGAAGAGAGAAAUAGGAAGG